GUGUGAAUGAGAGAACCUCGCUGCAGCAUUUUAGUAUCCAGCGGUACUGGCUCCGAACAGCAGCAGCGUCGCGAUGCCCCCUCCUGCUGAUAUAGUGAAGGUGGCAAUUGAAUGGCCAGGUGCCUUCCCCAAAUUGAUGGAAAUAGAUCAAAAAAAGCCACUGUCCUCAAUAAUAAAAGAAGUCUGCGAUGGGUGGUCUCUUGCAAAUCAUGAUCAGUUUGCACUGCAGCAUGCUGAUAGUUCCAAUUUCUACAUCACAGAGAAGAAUCGUAAUGAGAUAAAAAAUGGAGCGAUCCUUCGAUUAACGACAUCUCCAGCUCAAAAUGCCCAACAGCUCCAUGAGAGGAUCCAGUCUUCUAGCAUGGAUGCGAAGUUAGAAGCACUGAAAGACUUGGCCAACUACUCACGGGAUGUGACGUUUGCCCAAGAAUUCAUAAACCUCGAUGGGAUUUCCCUACUGACACAAAUGGUUGAAAGCGGCACAGAACGAUAUCAGAAACUGCAGAAGAUAAUGAAGCCCUGCUUUGGAGAUAUGUUGUCCUUUACACUGACUGCAUUUGUUGAGCUGAUGGAUCAUGGGAUUGUAUCGUGGGAUACAUUCUCUGUGGCAUUCAUUAAGAAGAUAGCAAGCUACGUGAACAAAUUCGCCUCGGACAUCUCUAUCUUGCAACGAUCACUAGCAAUCCUGGAAUCGAUGGUGCUCAACAGCCAUGAUCUGUAUCAGAAGGUGGCACAGGAGAUCACAAUUGGGCAGCUAAUCCCACAUCUGCAGGGGACAGACCAAGAAAUCCAGACGUACACCAUUGCAGUAAUCAAUGCACUCUUCCUUAAAGCACCGGAUGACAAGAGGCAGGAAAUGGCAAACAUUUUGGCACAAAAGCAGCUUCGCUCCAUCAUCUUAACUCAUGUUAUCAGGGCACAGAGGGCCAUCAAUAAUGAAAUGGCACACCAGCUUUAUGUUCUUCAAGUACUUACCUUCAACCUUCUGGAAGAUAGGAUGAUGACAAAAAUGGAUCCCCAAGAUCAGGCUCAGCGGGAUAUCAUCUUUGAACUCCGACGAAUCGCGUUUGAUGCAGAAUCGGAGCCUAACAAUAGCAGUGGCAGCAUUGAGAAACGCAAAUCCAUGUAUACCCGAGACUAUAAAAAACUGGGGUUUAUUAACCAUGUAAACCCUGCAAUGGACUUUACACAGACCCCUCCAGGAAUGCUGGCCCUCGACAACAUGCUGUACUUUGCUAAACAUCACCAGGAUGCUUAUAUACGGAUCGUCCUGGAGAACAGCAGUCGAGAGGACAAGCAUGAGUGCCCAUUUGGCCGAAGUAGCAUUGAGCUGACAAAGAUGCUGUGUGAAAUACUGAAAGUAGGAGAGCUACCCAGUGAGACCUGCAACGAUUUCCAUCCCAUGUUCUUCACCCACGACAGAUCCUUCGAGGAGUUCUUCUGCAUCUGCAUUCAGCUCUUGAACAAGACAUGGAAGGAAAUGAGGGCAACAUCAGAGGACUUUAACAAGGUAAUGCAGGUGGUGAAAGAACAGAUAAUGAGAGCACUCACUACCAAGCCUAGCUCUCUGGAUCAGUUCAAGAGCAAGCUUCAGAACCUCAGCUACACAGAAAUACUGAAAAUACGCCAGUCUGAAAGAAUGAACCAGGAAGAUUUCCAGUCUCGUCCCAUUCUGGAACUCAAAGAGAAGAUUCAGCCCGAGAUCUUGGAACUGAUCAAGCAGCAGCGUCUCAACCGGCUUGUGGAGGGCACCUGCUUCAGGAAGCUCAACAGUCGGCGUCGGCAAGACAAGUUCUGGUAUUGUCGCCUCUCACCUAAUCACAAGGUGUUGCACUAUGGAGACUUGGAAGAAAGCCCCCAGGGAGAAGUGCCCCACGAUUCCUUGCAAGAUAAAUUGCCAGUGGCAGAUAUAAAAGCUGUUGUGACCGGGAAGGACUGCCCUCACAUGAAGGAGAAAGGAGCUCUCAAACAAAACAAGGAGGUGCUAGAGCUUGCUUUCUCUAUAUUGUAUGACUCGAGUGGGCAGCUGAACUUCAUCGCUCCAGACAAGCACGAGUACUGUGUAUGGACCGACGGGCUGAACGCCCUCCUGGGGAAGGACAUGUUGAGUGACCUGACGCGGAACGACCUGGACACGCUGCUCAGCAUGGAGAUCAAGCUGCGCCUCCUGGACCUGGAGAACAUACAGAUCCCAGAUGCUCCCCCGCCGAUCCCAAAGGAGCCCAGCAACUACGACUUUGUUUAUGACUGUAACUGAGGCUGCCCCUGAGACUGGCUCCGAAACUGGACAUGUUGUAACUGGGGAGAUACU